UACGAACUUGUUCAUCCAGUCAAAAAUUCAAGCUCAAGUUUUGACUAUAUAUAGCAACGGCACUUAUGAGAUAAUAUCAUUCAACAUCACUCCACAAGAGCAUACACAUCUCAAAAUGAUCUCUAAAGUCCUAAUCGUUGCUGUGGCAUUAGCGGCUGUGUGUGCUCAGGAGCACUACCAGCACGGGCAUGGCCAGGAGCAAGGGCAAGGCCACGGACACGGACACGCUGUGUCCUCUCAGUCCUUCGUGCUCCAUCAAGGCCACCAACCUCACCACGAGUCUGCCCACCAUGACUCUUACGAACACCACGCUCCCGCUCACCACGAAUCACAAGAGCACCACGCCGCUCCCGUUCGCCAUUCCGUCCAAGUGCACCAUGCCCCCGUCCACCAUGAACACCAAGUGCAUCAUGCCCAACAGGAGCACCAACUUCACCACGCCCCCGCCCACCAGGAGCAAGUUCAAGUGCACCACGCUCCCGCCCACCACGAGCACGUAGUCCAAGUGCACCACGCUGUGCCCGAGCACCAUGCUACUUACGAGCAUCAUGCCGCCCCCGUCCACCACGCUCCCGCUCAGCAUGAGCACAUUGUCCAAGUGCAGCACGCCGCUCCUGUCUACCACGCCGCCCCCGUCCACCACUCCGCUCCCGUCCAUCACUCCGCUCCCGCCCAACAUGUUGCUCCCAUUUACCACACGGUACAAGUUGCUCCCGCUCACCAGGAACAUCACAAGGAACAAAACCAUGAGGAGGAGCACCAUGAUUACUAUGCUUACCCCAAAUACGAGUUCUCAUACAAGGUGGAGGACCCGCACACCGGUGACCGCAAGUCCCAGCACGAGUCCCGCGACGGCGACGUCGUGAAGGGCGUCUACAGCCUGCACGAGGCUGACGGCUCCAUCCGCACCGUCGAAUACGACUCUGACAAGCACAGCGGUUUCAACGCGUACGUCAAGCACUCCGAGCCCUCCAAGCACAUCCAGCAGCCCCAGCAACACCAAUACCAUCAUUAAGUUAUCCACUAUUAACUUAUUCCAAAGGACUGAUUGUUAUUAAUGUUGACUUGUAAAUAAAUAAAAGUAUUGUAAAA